UGUGGAAGACUAAUCAUGGCGGUGCAUGCACUACUACAUAUAAAGUGUGGAAAACAUCAUGGCGGUGCAUGCCCCAUCACAUAUAGAGUGUGGAAACAAAUAAUAAUGGAGCCUACCACGUUCGAGUGUGGAAAGAAACAAACAUGGCAGCGCAAGCUAGAAGAAAGAUUCAUAAAAUAG